AUGGUCACUGGAGCACUUGCAGUCCUCUUCUGCAUUGCACUCAGUACCGACAUGUACACGUCAAGCUUUACGAGUAUCCACGGCGAGAUAUUUUAUGCCGGUCGACAAUUUGUCUUUGUAGUUGCGCUUGUCUUUCUUUGCCAGAAAAGUGUCUCGGUGCCAGCUCUUCGUCGUGCUGUGGUCAUGUCCAUUUUUCUCGCUUCGUACACGAUUCCACUUAUGCGGAUAAUUGUCUUCUUUGCACCACAAAACAUGGCGUUGUUUUACUACGUACGAACUGUGGCACGCGUACUGGUGCUGAUUUUCGUGGUCAACGUGUGCUUCAUUAAUCGACCGGCAGGUCGUGCAAGUCCAUCAAGUCUGCGCACCUACGGCGCAUAUGUUAUCGUGUACCACAUGCUCGUUGCCGUCGGCACUUUGACUCAAAUGUACGCGCUAGAGUCUAGGAUGCAUGCGGCAACAAUGUACUUGAUGCUUAUCUGGGGCUCGAUCACACCGCUUGUCAUUUGGAACUUGCUGCGUGCCGACACUGAAUAUUGGCGGGGCAUGGGCCAACGCGCAUGCGACCUCCAAUUACUUAGUCUACCAGAUUCUUACAUCCAACUGGACGAGUGUAUCUCGUCGGACAGAAUUCAUUCUCUUAUCGAAAUGCACAAGGAUUUCGUGAUUGAUUUUGCGCAUCUCAACCUUCGGCAGAAGAUCGGCGUGGGGUCGAGUGCGACCAUAUUUAGUGGACGACUACAACCGCGAUGUCCUGUCGCCGUGAAAGUUUACGCACCGUAUCGGCUCACAGAGGAAGUAGUGGCUGAGUUCUCACAUGAGGCAGCGCUCUGCGCUUCAUUGAUUCAUCCAAACAUUGUUAAGUUCUACGGUAUGUGCGUGUGCCCUCCAAGCAUUUGUUUGGUAUUUGAGCUGUGCCAAGGUUCUCUCGAAGACAUAUCAUGCGCUCAAGCUCAGGCACGAAGUCAACGCCGUGAUACACGUCAUCAGCUUGGUCUCACCGGUAAAGUUAAAGACGCCCAGACUCUUGAUCACCAGCAAAUGCUCGUCAAUGUGGCAUACAUGCUUGACUGUGCACGUGCUGUCGCUUAUAUUCAUAGCUUCUCUCCACCGUUCUUGCAUCGUGACAUUAAGACCGCCAACUUUCUCGUGGAUAACGAAAACAACGUCAAGCUCACUGAUUUUGGUGACUCUAGGCGUUUACCCGAAAACAUACUGAAGCCUGGAAAUGGCAAUGACAUCAAUGGUAAUGAAUCGCAGACGUCUGCAGAAUCAAGCGGUUUUUUUAGUCCCGUGAUAGUUGCAUCAGCUCCUCCACCGAUCAAAAUGACAGUGACGGGUACUGUGAAUUACAUGGCUCCAGAGAUGAUUAGCUGUCGUACGGGUCUAGCCAGCUACGGUGCCUCAGCCGAUGUCUAUUCGCUAGCCAUUACAUUUUGGGACAUUUUGUAUCCUGGUCGCAAGAAAUACGCCGCGACGAACCCGUUGUUUGUGUUUGAAGACGUGUUAAAUGGUUGCCGUCCGCCAUUAGAUGCCACGGAUUCUGCAAACCCCGACGCGACAAUCCCUAAAAGAAUUCGAGAUAUCAUUACAAGUUCCUGGCAUAGCGAUCCAAGCGCACGCCCGACCAUGCCUCAGAUUGUUCGCACGCUUGAAUGCAUCCAGAAAGAAUUGCUAUCAGUAUUCGUUCAGGAUCGAAGCGACGAUUUUAAACGACCGGAAACCGGGUAUCAUGAGAUUACCAUGUAA